UAGUAGUAGUAGGUGGCGAUAAUGCAGCAUUAUUGGAUGCCAACCUCUGUUAAACCUCACCGAAGAAGAAGUGAGGUAUCGCUUAAAAGCUGUCAAGGGGGAAAGAGUCGAAAAGACGUCAACAAAACGAUAUAGCCACUUCACUCUGUUGAUCUUGGACAAGCAUAGAGGAAUGGGCUGUGGUCCCAUUAUAGUUGGAUCUACCCCUACUAGUCCUGAGACCACACAAGAAGCCCAGCCCCAGGUCAGGCCCGAAACAUGAGAUCUUUAACCGCUAAGUAAAGAAUGAGGCCUCAGCAACCCCACCCCAGAAACGCCAUCAUCACUACUACUAACAUAGUCUGUCACACACCUAUUACAACUUAACCCUCAACACAUUCUCCCUGCCCCAGGACCAGCUCUUGUAUCCCCUUCCCUUCCUCACCCAACCCCCUACCACCCCCAACCCAAUACACCCCACAGAGCAGUUUAGCCCACCUCGAGACUUGAGUCACCAGCCAAUCAGCUCCUAGUAGGCCUUGUGCGCCUCCAUCGGCGGCCCUCCCCGGCGGUGUGUUGGUGUGCGAUGGCGCGGCGGGACGCUGAAGGCUGCCGCCGGGGAUUGUGAUGUCAGAGCCCGCCAGCCCGGGCGAGAGCCAGCGCGGCGCUCCCAGAUUCUUCGUGGGCUGCGAGGACGAUGAGAGCGAGGGCCUGGAGGACUACGACGGCUGCAGCAUGAGGACCGACAUGGAGCUGUACGAGGACGACGAGGACACAGACUCGCCCCCCGAGCGACAGAUCGUGGUGGGGAUCUGUUCCAUGAUGAAGAAGUCCAAGUCAAAGCCCAUGACCCAGAUCCUGGAGCGUCUGUGCAGGUUUGAGUACAUCACUGUGGUCAUCUUCCCUGAGGACGUCAUUCUCAACGAGCCCGUGGACAAAUGGCCCCUGUGUGACUGCCUCGUCUCCUUCCACUCCAAAGGAUUCCCGCUGGACAAGGCAGUGAGCUACGCCAAUCUCCGAAACCCACUGCUCAUCAAUGACCUGAACACACAGUACUACAUACAGGACAGGAGGGAGGUGUAUCGUAUCCUGCAGCAGGAAGGCAUCGAUCUGCCCCGCUACGCUGUGCUGAACCGCGACCCAGAUAAACCAGACGAGUGUAACCUGGUCGAGGGAGAAGACCAUGUGGAGGUGAAUGGGGAGGUGUUCCCUAAACCCUUUGUGGAGAAACCCGUCUGUGCUGAAGACCACAACGUCUACAUCUACUACCCCACCUCAGCGGGAGGGGGAAGCCAGCGCCUCUUCAGAAAGAUCGGGAGCCGGAGCAGUGUGUACUCACCAGAGAGCAACGUGAGGAAGACUGGCUCCUAUAUCUACGAAGAGUUCAUGCCAACGGACGGGACGGACGUUAAGGUGUACACGGUGGGGCCUGACUAUGCUCACGCUGAGGCCAGGAAGUCUCCUGCCCUGGAUGGGAAGGUGGAGAGAGACAGCGAGGGGAAGGAGAUCCGCUACCCCGUCAUGCUCACCGCCAUGGAGAAACUAGUGGCCCGCAAGGUCUGCCUGGCAUUCAAGCAAACAGUGUGUGGCUUUGACCUUCUCCGAGCCAACGGUCACUCCUACGUCUGCGACGUCAACGGCUUCAGCUUCGUCAAGAACUCCAUGAAGUACUACGACGACUGUGCCAAGAUCCUGGGUAAUAUAGUGAUGAGGGAGCUAGCUCCUCAGUUCCACAUCCCCUGGUCCAUCCCUACUGAGGCUGAGGACAUCCCCAUCGUCCCAACCACAUCUGGCACCAUGAUGGAGUUACGCUGUGUCAUCGCAAUAAUCCGCCACGGAGACCGAACUCCUAAGCAAAAGAUGAAGAUGGAAGUGCGGAAUCCCAUGUUUUUUGAAUUGUUUGACAAAUACGGGGGUUACAAGACAGGGAAAUUGAAGCUGAAGAAGCCAAAACAACUGCAGGAGGUACUGGACAUAGCUCGGCAACUGUUGCUAGAACUGGGUGAUGGAAGAGAAGACUGUGAGAUCGAAGAGAAGAAAUCCAAACUGGAGCAGCUGAAGACCGUCCUGGAGAUGUAUGGCCACUUUUCUGGGAUCAACAGAAAAGUGCAGAUCACCUACCUGCCCCACGGGCAGCCCAAAACAUCCAGCGAGGAGGAAGACACACGUAAGGAGUGCCCUUCUCUGCUGCUGGUGUUGAAGUGGGGAGGGGAGCUGACCCCAGCAGGCAGGGUACAGGCUGAAGAGCUGGGCAGGGCCUUCCGCUGCAUGUACCCCGGAGGACAAGGAGACUAUGCUGGGUUCCCUGGAUGCGGGUUGCUACGGUUACACAGCACGUACCGACACGACCUCAAGAUCUAUGCGUCUGACGAGGGCAGAGUGCAGAUGACUGCCGCAGCUUUCGCCAAGGGUCUGCUGGCGUUAGAGGGAGAGUUGACGCCCAUCCUUGUGCAGAUGGUGAAGAGUGCCAACAUGAACGGCCUGCUGGACAACGACAGCGACUCGCUUAGCGGCUGCCAGCACCGCGUCAAGGCCCGUCUCCACGAGAUCAUGCAGAAAGACCAGGAGUUCACAGAGGAGGACUACGAUAGGCUGGCCCCUACAGGUGCCUCCUCUGUGGUUAACUCUAUGAGAAUUGUGGAGAACCCUGUGGUGACAUGUGACCAGGUCUACACACUCAUCCAGAGUCUCACCUCCCAGAUACGCAAGAGACUAGAGGACCCCAAAUCUGCAGACCUGCAGCUGUACCACAGUGAGACUCUGGAGCUGAUGCUGCAGCGCUGGUCCAAGCUGGAGCGGGACUUCCGGAUGAAGAGCGGCCGCUACGACAUCAGCAAGAUCCCGGAUAUCUACGACUGCGUGAAGUACGACGUGCAGCACAACGCCACGCUGGGCCUGGAGGACACACUGGAGCUGUUCAGGCUGUCCCGAGCCCUCGCCGACAUCAUCAUACCACAGGAAUACGGCAUUAACAAAGUGGAGAAGCUGGACAUAGCGUAUGCCUACUGCCUACCUCUGGUCAAGAAGAUCCAGCUGGACCUCCAGAGGACCCAUGAGGAUGAGUCAGUCAACAAACUCCAUCCACUGUAUUCUCGAGGAGUGAUGUCACCAGGUCGCCACGUGCGGACACGUCUGUACUUCACCAGCGAGAGUCACGUCCAUUCUCUACUCAGCACCUUCCGCUACGGAGGCCUGCUCGACGAGGAGAAGGAUCAGCAGUGGAAGCGGGCGAUGGACUACCUUGGUGCCGUUUCUGAACUCAACUACAUGACCCAGAUAGUUAUCAUGCUGUAUGAGGACAACAACAAGGACCCGUCGUCAGAGGAGCGUUUCCAUGUGGAGCUUCACUUCAGCCCUGGGGUCAAAGGUUGCGAGGAGGAGGAGAAGGCACCAAUGGGCUUCGGCUUCCGUCCCGCUUCCGCAGAGAAUGAUCAGAAACAGACAGACCCUGGCAGCUUGGAGGAUCUAUCACGUGACGAGCCCGACCGGGCCCUACCACUCUCUGAGCCAAUGGGCAUCCACCGGAGAUCCCCUCUGAUUCGCAACCGCAAGACUGGGUCUAUGGAGGUCCUGUCGGAGACGUCUUCAUCCAAAGCAGGCAGCUACCGUCUCUUCCCCUCCUGCUCUCGCCAGUCCCCUGAGAUGAAGCAAAGUGGUCUAGGAUCUCAGUGUGCGGGACUCUUCAGCACCACUGUCCUGGGAGGCUCCUCUAGCGCCCCCAACCUGCAGGACUACGCACGCACACACCGGAAAAAGUUCUCCUCAGGCAGCCUGUCCUAUAAAGACGAGUUGUUGUCUAUGCCGGCAGUAAAGAGAUUUUCUGUGUCGUUUGCAAAGCAUCCGACUAAUGGGACACAGGAUGACACGUGUGCUGUGGCUGCUCCCCCUCUGUGGUGGCCUGUGUCAGAGCCCUUGGAGGAGCACCACGUUGCCCAGCUGUUGAGGCGCUUCUCCACUGAUGCCAGCCUGUGCCGCCCUCUCUCUCUGGACGGGGCGCUGGCCCACCACCUCAACCAGUGCUCCUACCACCUCCGCCUCUUCCGUAACUGGCUCAUCUCUGGCCAAGACCCCCUAGAGUACUUCUACGGCUUUGAAGGCUGCUCCAUGGUGCCCUCCAUCUACCCACUGGAGACGUUGCACAACUCGCUGUCCCUCAAGCAGGUGGAUGAGUUCAUCACUGCCGUGUGUGAGACUGGUGGAGAUGCCCACUCCAGGACCACAAGAGCUCUGUCGGCCAUGUUUGACUCUCAGAACCAGCCGUCGGUGGACUCCUACAUGCCUCAGAGAGUCCUCUCCUCCUCCGUAUCCCCACAACAGCGCUCUGACAGACCUCCCUGGUACAGCAGCGGUCCGUCCAGUACAGUGUCCAGCGCUGGCCCCUCCUCCCCCACCAUGGCAGACGCCUCCCCCCAUUUUAGCUUCAGCGACAAGACGUCCUUCACCCCCGAGAACAGCGAGGAGAUCCACUCCUGCCAUCACAACACAGUUCAGCAGACCCCUACUGCUGGCCCCCAAACCUCCAAAUUCUCCAAUCCUACCACCCCCUGCCAGACACCCCCAGAAGACAAUCCUGAGGCACCAGCCACCCCCAGCCACCUGCCCCUGAGUGGAAACUCUGAAUCAAGGCAGGAGGAGCCAGGUGAGUCCCCUGCUUCAACUGAGGCCACUUGCGGUGAAGUUCCAGACCUCAGCCCAUUGAGCCCGUCAUCUUCCCCACUGGCAGACCUCUCUCUGGGCCUUUUGGAUGGAUACCUCCCCGGUUCUCUCCCGGUGCUCCUGGAGCUCAGAGAGAGCGGCAGUGAGGCAGGAUCCAGCGCACAGACUCCCCAGUCCCCAGAGGGGCCGGACGAGUUCUUUGACACCCAGGAGAUCACGGAGAUGUGGAGGGGCAGCACGGGGAGCCUCCCCCAUCCUGGGACGCCACUGGAGGUGGGAGCCCCUCACGCGUCAGAGCCCUAGGUGGGGGCUCAGAGAACCAGAGAAAGAGCCUAGGUCUUCUAAGAGGCUAGAAGGAAGUAAGGUAGAACUUCUAGGGGGCUGGAAGGAGGCUUCCAGGAAGCUCUUCAAAAACUCUCCUCUGCCAGUUCCAUGUGGUGAACCCCCAGUGGAGCAUUCUAGUGACCUAGUCUUAGACCAAGGCCCUGUGGCUUGUAACUUGUGUCUGGUGAACAGUGGAUCGGGCUGCUGCUUCUUAGUGCUUCUCUACCCUGGUCGUGUUCAUGAGACACAGAAACGGAGAAAAAGGGAGAGGACUUCCUGGACUUGUCCAUUAAGAUACGUGCAUUUUCAAUUUCCGUUACAAAACGUUUUAAAAUGUUUUCCGUGGAAUGCCAUACUGAACACGACCCCAGUCUCUAUUCCACAGCUGUCUGUGAACCAGCCGUUGUAGGAUAACUCCGUGUGACCAUAGAACUACCACUGAGUACAGUACAACAUCCUUAUCAUGACUGUCAUGUAUGGAUGUUUUUGCCCCUGUGUCUGAUUGAAAGCCACUUGUUCUGAAGUGAACCUUUGUUGCUGGUGUAAACAGUCUAUAAUGGGUGACAUCUUCUAUCCACUGAACAGCCCUCAGUGUGCACCAUCUUCUAUCCACUGAACAGCCCUCAGUGUGCACCAUCUUCUAUCCACUGAACAGCCCUCAGUGUGCACCAUCUUCUAUCCACUGAACAGCCCUCAGUGUGCACCAUCUUCUAUCCACUGAACAGCCCUCAGUGUGCACCAUCUUCUAUCCACUGAACAGCCCUCAGUGUGCACCAUCUUCUAUCCACUGAACAGCCCUCAGUGUGCACCAUCUUCUAUCCACUGAACAGUCCUCAGUGUGCACCAUUGUGGAGAUCUCGCCAAAAUAACUGAAACAUUUUAAUUUGACAGGUGGGCUUGCAUAUUGCAUCAUGUACAUCACUACAUACAUACCGUUUACUAUAGCUAGAAUUGCAGCAUGUCCACCAACUCAUGGACAUUGUAAAAGGAGAUGGUUUGAGAGACAUCUCAUUUCAAGUAUUGUGAGUAAUACGUUUAUUUUUCCUGUUGGGAAAUGUAUAUGUCAAAAUGUCAUCAAGUUGUUUUGAAAUGCAUUUUCAGUUGGCAACUUUAUUGCAGUAUAUUGAAAUCAUGGUCUUGUCACACAUUGAAAUGAUAAAUGCACCACAUGGCUGGUCUGUGACAUUUCAUCAAACAGAAGAUGUCACCCUGUGUCUCCCCAGUUCUCCUAUUCUAGGCUCUCCUCUCCCUGUGAUGAUCUGUAACACCGUUAAGGUCUGUUCACUUGAUAUGCGCCACAACUGUAUUGCAUCGAGCCAACAAUAGCCACGGUAGGCUCUUUCUUGUUACUCUGAUCUUGCGCUGCACCCGACCAAGCAGCGCUCUGCACCUUGUGCCAAUCAAGUGAACAGGCCUUAGAAACUCCUGACUAGCAGCUGAGGUCUUUUCUUAGGGGUAAAGAAGAUCUCCACUACAUGUGUGGUGAGAUGUAUUAUUUCCGUUUCCUCUUUUGAGAUUCAAUAUACUCAUCCGAGCCUGGUCCCCCACUGCACAGAUGUAGGAUCUUAAUUUGAACCAGUUUGCUACAGCAGGAAAAUCAUCCUGCAGGAACUGGAAAUGUGAAUUAUUAUUAAUGGACAUUUUUGUAAGGAGUCAUUUGAUACAUUUUUAAGUGGAAAUCACAAACUUCAGAAUCCCUGUUAAACAUCAAAUACACUACACAAUUUACAUUUCCUGCAAUGUAAAUUGUGUAGUGUAUUUGAUGUUUAAAGGAAAGUUCUCCUGCAACAUCGUGAUCAAAUGAAGAUCUUACAUCUAUGUGUUGUAGCUAGCUCUUCUAUUGUUGUCAAGCCAUACAUGUUGUCACGACAAUGAACGCAAACACACAGGAGUUGGCUAAAGCACAAACGGACUGGAGCACCAGGCUACUAUCCCUGUAGCCCCUAGUCACUUCCCCUAGUCACUUCCCCUAGCCCCUAGUCACUUCCCCUAGCCCCUGAAGGACCUGCAUAGGAGGGAGCAGUACUCUGCUGACUGUAAAAAUAAUCCACGUUUGAUUUGAUCACAACUUGUACACUGCUUUUUUUUGCCAAAUUCCUUAAACCUCAACUACCACUUUAAUAUAAGUAAUCAUAUAGAAACCAUAUGAGGAGAGAUCUACAUUUAACUUUGAAUGACUCCUAGUGUGGUGAUAUUUUUAAUGCAGAGCCAUCAGAUUUAUUAACAGUUUUAACUUGUAUCAUAGCAACUGUAUAUUUUUGUAAAAGAUCACCUCAAACAUUACUGUAUUAAGCAAUCUUUUUUUCACUGAACAAAAGAGGUCGGGUAUUUUUGGAUGGUUCUCUGUGGUUCCAUUGCGUUAGACAGUUUUUGUUGCAGGGCCUGUUCUGUGUGUGUGUGUGUGUGUGUGUGUGUGAGAGAGAGAGAGUAAAUGAGAUUCUGUAUUUGACUAUUGGGGUUGGUACAGUCGUAUCGAGAUGUACUGUAGAGAUGAUUUCUGUCAUGUAACACAAUUUCAUGUCAGUCAAAGAAUGAACAACACUGCUGCUGCAUAGAAGCAACAUUAACACUGUAAUCUGUCAUUGUUUCAGUGGACAUUUACAGAUGUGUGUCAAAAUCUAAACAAUGAAACUAUAUCUGAUUGUGUGUAAUACCUCUGGUUUGUGUCUCCGGCCUACAGUAGUGGUUAGUGUUGUCUGUUGUAAAGUGUUUGCAACUUUCAUCUGCAAUUCAGGAUGCUAAACUACACUGAAGUGCUGUAUCUGUUAGGUUUGGAAAGAGUGAUUCAUUUUGAGUCAACUUUUUGAAGGAGAUGGAAAGUGAGUAGAUAAAAUGAAAUAGCAUAAUGAAGAAUUCCCUGUGUAGCUGCUAUGCACUUCUAAACUCUUCAUGAAGGCUUUACGAAUGAAAAAUGCACUUAAAUGCUUUUGGAGAUCUCAGUGAUUUCAGCCUUUUAACUUAAAAGAUUCAGCUGAGAAAACGCACUCUGCUUUAAUUUCUAUGCUAUUUACUGUGUGGGGUAAUCGGCUCAAUGGCUCUAUGGUUUCUACAAAUGCAGCUUUAUUUCUCUAAAUGAUGUUCUGAAUAAAAUGUCCUGUGAAAUGAUA